CUGUUUUGUACGUUCUAUAUUCUGAUCUGCGGAUCAGCUGGGCGAAGCAAUAACAUCACAAACAAUAUCUGCCGGAUAAAAAAAAAACACGCAAGCUGCAGAUGCUACGAUUGAAACGACGUGUAAACCGCGAUUUACACGCAGAUUUCUUCUAAGAAGAAAGACUUUUUCAUAUUUUUUGUGAAUUUACUACCUCAUACAAAAAGAAUACCUAAAGCUAUGCUUUAAGAUUUUUGUUGUUUUUAUUGUGUGGUCGUCGCGUUUACAACUUGAAUAAUUUCGCAGGUAAGACAGACCUUUGCACCAAGUGAGACCUUAUAUUAUACUGCGCCUUCUCUGAAGACUCAAAAAGGCCAAUGCACUUGUGAUCACCCUGCCAUCUGUUACAUCACUGAAAAAAACACAAAAAUUAGCGACUUAAAAUUAGUCAAACAGCUAUUAAAACAAACGAACAAACAAAAAAAAACAACUUCUAAGGCAGCUAUCCCUCAGGAAACAAAAAACUGUGACCUUUGACCUCCGAGGCAGCCAUGUUCCAGGCGCUCACCAGUUUGUUCUUCGGAAGCGAGGAAGAAGUUACUCCAGAUCUGAAGGGACCAAAGCCCUGUGUGAUCGAGGCUGAUGAAGAGGGAUGGCUCCUGGUCAAUCUGCACGGUGAGGAUGGGCCAGAGGCAGCUUCAGUAGCAUGCGCCCGUCCCCGCAGUGAAUGUCAUGCAUCUCAGAUAUGCGGCCCCUCUCCUCCUACCUGCAGAAACCGCAGGACUAGAGCAGGCAGGAUGCAGGCGGCCCAUCCUUCCUGCCCUUCCAUCUGCUCUCCUGCUGAUCCCGCCUCCUUUUCUCACCUUGAGUCAGUAGAAGUGAAUGUGUUGUUAAGCGAGCGGGGAUCGUGUUCCUGCAGCAUGGAUGAGAGCUGGUUUGUCACCCCUCCCCCCUGUUUUACUGCAGAGGGAGCCACGGCCGAGGCCAGCCCUAUGGAGGACCUCCUCAUCGAGCACCCCAGCAUGUCCGUGUACGUCUCCCCUGGCCCUCUCCCUGCGGUGGAAGAGAGCACCUCCAGCCUGGCUGGCAGUGUCAGCAGGAUGUCUGAAUCAGCAGCGCCCGUGAUGACCAGGAGCAGCAUGCCCACACGGGUGACCCGAGGAGCAGCUGCACAGGCAGGCGCCCUGGCUAAAGUCACCCAGGUCUCCAGGGUCCAGAGGGCCAAAGCCCGCACUGAGCGCCGCCAUCUGGCACGCAACCGCAUGCAGCGCCAAAACCGUGUGCGUGAACAGGUGCAACGGCGCACGACCCACACCCGCAACUCCUUCCUGCACCAACCGUGCCAGCGCAACUUCUGCCACUGAUGCAUUAAAGUUUACACUGAGGGCAUUAUAACCCAGCCCAAGAAACCCUCACCUCCCAAUGAAUCCCCUACCUUGUCCUUUUGCUUUUACUGGUUUUAUGUCCAUAAUGUUGUUCAGUUUCAUGUUAAUCAGGUUUGUCAUUGAGCACAAGCCAGUUUAUCCUCUUUUCACUCUAUCUGGAAACCCACUAUCAAGCACAAUUACUCUUAAGACGAUUCAUAUAUUUGCUUAAAUGCCCAUGUACCUCCAAAAACACCUAAAUCAGUUUCCCUAUUGGAAGUAUAGCUGAAAAGGCUUUUACAUGCAUCCCUCUAAAAGUAUAACAAAGACACUUCAGGUACAUCGCCACUGUUCGUUGAAACAUUAGCAGGUUAAAUUGUCAAAACAAGGAGCCAACCACUGAAUGCUUCAUAGAAAUAUGAUCCUAAGAUCACAUCACACAGAUAGAACAACGAUAAAAAAAAUUACUACAGCAAUGAAAAGGUCACUUAGAGACAACAAGAAUUUAAGGUAUAUAGAUAAAGUGUAAAUGAGCAAGAAUAGUAAACAGAUACAUGCAGUUGAGAGUUUUCAGGUUAAGGCAAGUCUAGCCAGAUAUGUUGGUAAAGAGGUCAUUUCAAAGCAGAUGUUGCUGCCUGAUUUUCAUCAUAGCGGUGCUAACUUUUUCAAAAGUAACUCAACUACCAAUUUAAUGGCUUGCUUUUGUGUGACCUCAGUUCCUAAAGUGAGACGCUACUGAGUUGCCUAUCUAAACAGCAUUUAGGAAACACCUUUUAUAGGUGUGCUUCCACAAAGGCAGUAUCCUUCCGAGAAAAGACAGUUUCACUCAAUUCAAGAUGGUGGAGAAAGUGGGCACUGUCCAUUCUAUACAUAGUCUGAAUGGAAAAGAUACUCCAGUGCAUUUAUAAAUAUAUAUUUACAGCCGAUAUUUAGGUGUGCUAUGAAUUUGUGCUUAGCGUCAUGCUAACAUCAAAUUCUACUGGUAUCAACUGUAAGCGUCAAAACACUUGUGUAUUUUGUAACUCAUUCAGUACCAAAAAAUGUAGACAACAGCUAGCUUAGCAACAUGUUACCAUCAAACUCUAUUUACUGUUUUAAUUCAUGUCUCUUAAGGCAGCUUCUUAAGCUAACUAGCUCACUAGAUUUUGUACAGAGCCUUCAGAUAAACCGAGGUAGGGUCUAUCAUUUAACAACGACAUAUUACGAAGAAAAUUCAUUAUUAUUUUUCAAUGCCCUUUGAGGGAUAUAGCUGUUUAGCAUUUCCUUAAAAUAUGAGAUGAAGCUAAAGCUGACAUGAUAGCUCCCUGUCAACAUCUGAUCUAAUAGGAAGCGAUCGCAGGAGUAUCGGGGCAAUGUGCAAUGUCUUUACAGAUCAAUUUACGGAGCUGAGGAGAGGUUGGCGUAGACCAGGGGUGUCAAGCUCAAUUCCUAGAGGGCCGGAGCCCUGCAGAUUGCAACCCUUAUUAAACACACCUGAUGCAACUAAUCAAGUUUUUCAGGCUUAAUUGAAAACUGCAUAAUGUGUGCUGGAGCAGGGUUGGAACUAAACUCUGCUGGGCUUCGCAGAGUUUGACACCCCUGCCGUAGGCUAUGGAUAUAAUUGCUUAUAGAAUGUGUAGGAUAGUAUCGAUUGCGACUAUUUACUUGCUUCACGGAGGAUUACUUUUGGGUGAAUUCCACAAAAAUUGUCAAGAUGGCAUCAUCUUGGGAUGCGAUAUGUCAAGUUUUUGUGAGAUUGACCCGAUGCUCUACGAAAAAAACAAACAAAAAAAAUCACGUGCUUGUCCAUCGCAAAGCUUUCGGUGUAGCUCUAAAAGUUCCCCUGUCCAGCACUUAAUGCUUUUGUGUGAAAUCACUGUGACCACAGAGACAAAGAUCGACAAAAUGUUUCCCAUGACCAUUUCUCUGUUUCUAAAAACAUCAGUUUUUCAGACGAUGUCAUUAUUUGCAUUUCGUCGUACCUCUUAAAUAUUGAUUAUGCGAUUGCGCUUUACAUCUUCAUUGUAUUCUGACGUCCGUCAGAGGUUGCCGUGUCAGCGUCUCUUUCGACACUAACACUAACGCAUACGCCGAAACCUAAAAUGUGCUCUUCCUUGAUAGUCAACGAAUACUCUCGGCACAUUUACAGGAAAUGCAUCCACCACGUUGUGAUCUAUCUUAUAUGUGUAUUCAGUAAUGAAUAGACUAACAAUGGUGCUUAAAGUAUAUAAUUAUAUGACUGUUUGUACAUUUUUUGAGACUUUGAGAAGUUUGCACUGUCUUACGUUUUAUGGAGAAUCAUGGUAUUUAGCAGUACGCCGUUUCCGUUUGCAAUGGUGAAUGAGAUGCCAACAUGCAUGAGUUGGGGAAAAAAAGCUACCUUAAGCGGUAAACAAUUAGUUGCAUUCAAAUGUAUAUAAUGGCAAACGAUUUACAUUUCAGUGUUUGCAUUAUUUUCAGUUUGAAGCAUCACCUUCCUGUUGUCACGGUAUCGUCCGACCGUACGUUUCUCCAAAAACUCGAGUACGUGUUCUUACCGGGUAUUUUAUGAUAGGAACCAACGUUUGCCACGUCGUCGGUAACACCAGUGAUCUGUUUUGCAUUAAGACGAUUUGAUUUUACAUGCAGUUUUCUUUGAUUUCUUCUGUUUAGCGUUCAAUCAUUUUAAAAGUUCUUCUUGUAGUCUUUCCUAUCACCUGCCAAAAUCCUGUAAAACCAUUAUUGUAGUAGGCUAUCUAUUAACGAAAUAAUGUAACUAUAAUGUAAAUCUAAAUAUGCUUUUAUUUCUUCGUUUUCAUUUGAAAUGGACUGUUUCUGCAUCAUGUUGACUUCACAGAGAGUGCGGCACGAAUGUCAGUGGUGCACCUAGGAAAAUCCAAAGCCCUGUAGCCUUACAAGGGUCCUUAACAUCGUCCACUUGAAGGUCGUCUUCUAUUUGCAUCGUUUCUACAUGUUAGAUGAAGUGGACACGGCAAUACGAACGUACAUUCAGUGAUCUCUGCCCUCUGAACAGAUCCACCACUGCUGUUCAGCGCAACAGCUGGGCAAAGCAUACUCUGUGUUAUUUUCUCUGUGUGUGUGUGUGUGUGUGUGCGCGUGCAUUUAAUACGAUUCAUUUAAUUUGCGGGACUAUAGAAUGAUGUCCGUUAUGCCUCACGAGAGGCUGGUGGAAGCGAUAGCUAUUUGAGGGAGGGUUGACUGAAAACACGAAAAGACAACAAAAACAAAUAUGCUUGUAUUUUCUUUUCCUUAUAUUGUUAUUAGAAGAGAUGUUCACCUUAGUAACAAAAUACGAAUAGAGUAUUAAAAAAAAAAAUGAUUGGUGUACAUGAUAUCUAUGGUGAUUGUGCCUUUCACUAUUCUGCAUGGUUUUCAUGAUGUGCCGACCGUUUCAUCCAUACGACAUGGGCAUCAGAGACCUAUGCAAAAUACUAUGAUGGGUUUCCAGCAUCCAUGCAGAAAUGCAGGUACCAGACAAUAACAAUAAACACUCAGGAUGCAACUGCAA